UGUAAUGUAACUUAACUUGGAUGUUAUAUGAUCAUUUUUCAUAUUAUAUCGUUUUUGUUGUCGAAGCGCUAUCUUUCCUGUUUCCUGCAUCAUUUCGGAAACACCCAUGUCUUCAACCUCCAAUUCUGUAAAACCCCGAGAUGUUUGUAUUGUUGGUGUAGCACGCACGCCAAUGGGUGGUUUCCUUGGCGCCCUAUCAUCUCUUUCGGCUACAGAACUAGGCUCAGUUGCUAUUCAGUCUGCUCUUAAGAGGGCAAAUGUUGAUCCGUCACUUGUGCAAGAGGUGUUUUUUGGGAAUGUUCUUAGUGCAAAUUUAGGGCAGGCUCCUGCCAGACAGGCUGCAUUAGGUGCAGGAAUACCUACUUCUGUAAUCUGUACUACCGUUAACAAGGUGUGUUCAUCAGGGAUGAAAGUUACCAUGCUUGCAGCACUGACCAUACAAUUCGGUAUAAAUGAUGUUGUUGUGUCUGGUGGUAUGGAAAGCAUGUCAAAUGCACCUAAGUACAUUGCAGAAGCAAGGAAGGGAUCUCGGUUAGGACAUGAUACUAUCAUUGAUGGUAUGGUCAAAGAUGGUCUUUGGGAUGUCUAUAAUGACUUUGGCAUGGGAGUUUGUGCAGAACUAUGUGCAGAUCAACAUGUCAUAACAAGAGAUGAGCAGGACACUUAUGCCAUUCAAAGCUUUGAGAGAGGAAUAUCUGCACAAAAUGCUGGUCAUUUUUCUUGGGAGAUAGUUCCGGUUGAAGUUUCUGGUGGAAGAGGGAAGCCUUCCACACUUGUUGAUAAAGAUGAAGGUUUGGGGAAGUUCGAUGCUGCCAAGUUAAGGAAGCUUAGACCAAACUUUAAAGAGGAUGGGGGUACUGUGACUGCUGGCAAUGCUUCUAGCAUAAGUGAUGGUGCUGCUGCAUUAGUGCUAGUGAGUGAAGAGAAGGCACGUGAGCUUGGAUUGCACAUAAUUGCAAAGAUAAAAGGAUAUGCGGAUGCUGCUCAGGCACCUGAAUUAUUUACAACUGCUCCUGCCCUUGCUAUACCAAAAGCUAUAUCAAAUGCUGGUCUUGAGGCUUCUCAAAUUGAUUAUUAUGAAAUAAAUGAAGCUUUUUCUGUUGUGGCUCUUGCAAAUCAGAAGCUUCUUGGUCUUAAUCCCGAAAAAGUUAAUGUACAUGGUGGAGCUGUUUCAUUGGGGCAUCCCUUGGGUUGCAGUGGAGCUCGCAUCUUAGUUACAUUAUUAGGGGUAUUGAGACAUAAGAGAGGGAAGUAUGGUGUUGGUGCCAUCUGCAAUGGGGGAGGAGGGGCAUCUGCUCUUGUCUUUGAGUUCAUGCCAGCUGCCAGUGUGGGACGUUCUUUAUUGUGACAAUGAUCUCCUCACAUCAUACUGCUAUCCAAUAUUCUACAACUUUUUUCUGAAGGACAAAACAUGUAAUAAGUUCAGUUAAAGAAAGAAAUGAUAUUGGUUCAGCUCCUUAACCGUUUGCGGUUAUGUCUUUAUAUUUAUAUCUUUUUAAUCCCAUUUAAUAGCAUCCGUUUUCUUCGACAAUAAUUUGGAUUUGGGAUCACGACUUAUACGCCAUAGGGUAUAUAAUUGAUUGUGACUUUUCAUUUAUAGCAUAGGUACUUCUAUGCAUAGUAU